AUGGCGAUCAAAUCAAGCCUCGUACAGAGCCUAGCGUUGCUUCUUGGCACAUUGAACCUCACGCACGGCCAAGACAACUCAAGCUCACCGGGUCUGCCUUGGGUUGAAGCCGAUUAUCAAACCAGCCCUGAAGUACUGCCACAGCCUGAUGCUACUGGGUCGGGUUGGGAUGCUGCAUUCUCUCAAGCCGCAGCUUUUGUUUCCCAGCUGACGCUGGAAGAGAAGGCCACACUAGUCACUGGAACACAAGGACCAUGCGUGGGCAACAUCGGCAGCGUUCCUCGGCUUGAUUUCGAAGGCUUGUGUCUUCAAGAUGGCCCGCUGGCGAUUCGAGUCGCUGACUAUGCGAGUGUCUUUCCGGCUGGAUUGACAGUGGCGGCAUCUUGGGAUAGGACUCUAGCCAGAAUAAGAGGCCAAGAUAUAGGGACGGAGUUCAAAGAAAAGGGAGCGCAUGUGAUCCUGGGCCCAGUUGCAGGGCCUUUGGGCAGAAGUGCGUAUGGAGGACGGAACUGGGAGGGCUUCUCUCCAGAUCCUUAUCUGACUGGUGUCAUGUUCGAGGAGACCAUCCUUGGCCAUCAAGAACGUGGCGUUCAAGCCUGUGCUAAGCAUUAUAUCUUGAAUGAACAAGAAACACAGCGCAACCCAGGAAGGAACCGCCAAAACGUUACCAUUGAAGCUGUCUCAUCGAACGUCGAUGACCGCACCAUGCAUGAGCUCUAUCUCUGGCCUGUCGCCAAUGCCGUGAGAGGAGGCGUAGCUUCGAUCAUGUGUUCGUACAACAGAAUCAAUGGUACUUACGGAUGUGAAAAUAGCAAGACACUCAAUGGUCUACUAAAAACUGAGCUCGGUUUCCAAGGCUGGGUUGUAAGCGACUGGGGAGCUACGCACUCUGGUCACCCAGCCAUCAACGCCGGACAAGACAUGGACAUGCCUGGCAGUCUAAGCUUCUCAGACUCAAGUGGAGCCUCCUUCUUCGGGGGUAACAUCACUAACAACGUGAACAACGGCAGCCUUGUCAUUGAGCGAGUCGAUGACAUGGUUCGACGAAUCAUGACACCUUAUUUUUACUUGAAGCAGCAGACGCAAUAUCCUCCUAUCGACGGGAGUUCUCCGGACCUGCAAGGCGACAGCAUCGCGGACUACACAUAUAACUUUACCCUGGGGCCUAGUAACGUCGACGUACGAGAUCAGCAUGCUCAGCGCAUCCGAGAACUGGGAGCUGCUGGUAUAGUCCUGCUCAAGAACGUCAACAACACUCUGCCACUCGACAAGCCCGCAAACAUUGGCGUUUUCAGUAACGAUGCUGCAGAUAUGGCAGAUGGCCUUUAUCUCGGAGCCAAUCGUGACCUCCGCAAUGUUGGCUACGACCAGGGUGUUCUACCAGUUGGCGGAGGCUCGGGCACCGGACGACUAACGUAUGUUGUCUCUCCUUUGGAGGCCAUCAAAGCACGAGCGGCCCAGCAAGGCAAUAAACCGCUGGUACAGUACGUACUCAACAAUACGCUUGUCACGAACUCGAAUGGCUACGGAAUACUGUUUCCCAGACCUCCAGAUGUCUGCCUCGUAUUCUUGAAGACAUGGGCCACUGAAGGAUAUGACCGACCCUCCUUGCUUGUUGAUUGGAACGGCACAGCCCUCGUCGAGACAGUAGCUGCACAGUGCCCGAACACAGUUGUCGUGACCAACAGCGGCGGCAUCAACGCUCUUCCAUUUUCCAAUCAUCCGAACGUGACCGCGAUUCUAGCAGCUCAUUUUGGAGGCCAAGAGCAAGGGAACAGUAUUGUCGAUGUUCUAUAUGGCGAUGUCAACCCGAGCGGCAAGCUUCCAUAUACUAUCGCAAACAACGAGGAUGACUACCAGUUCGUGGACAUCACGAAUUCUUCAGCCUUACUCAACACCUCUGACCCCAACGCUUGGCAGUCCGACUUUAGGGAAAGACUACUGAUCGACUAUCGCCAUUUCGAUUGGUACAAUCAAUCAGUUGCGUACGAGUUCGGGCACGGUCUCUCUUACACAACCUUCACACUCGAUGAUGUCGCUGUGUCAAAGGUGGACGAUAGCGUAAUAUCUCCUGCUCCUCCAGACGCUGCGAUCGUGCCAGGCGGCAACCCUCAUCUCUGGACCACACUGUAUCAAGUCACAGCCACGAUUACAAAUACGGGCUCACGUUUCGGAGCAGCAGUCACUCAGCUAUACUUGAGCCUACCUCAGCCGCCGAACGGAGAUGUGACACCGUUGAAAGUGUUGCGAGGUUUCGAGAAGAUUGGACUUAAUGCUGGAGCCAAUGCGACUGUUACCUUCAACCUCGCAAGAAGGGACAUCAGCUAUUGGGAUUCCGACGCCCAGCAAUGGAUUAUUGGCGAAGGCGAUAUCGGAGCGCUUGUGGGCUUCUCCAGCCGGGACAUUCAAGGAACUGCUUCGUUCACCCCGCUUGAAUAAGGCGGGGAUAGUCCGGAGUGCUUUGUGAAACACGGACAUUGGUCGGACAUGGCUAUAUACCUUCGCUUCGAAGAGCAUCUGCCUCUACUGUACGAGCUUAUGUAAUCUUGGGAGUGUCUCAACUCUCAAGCUCUUCGAAGCCUAUGCGAAGCUUGUCCGCAGCAUUUCGCCAAGAAAGGCUCCUCGUUGGCACUGGUAAAGGCACAUAGAUGCAUGCUCAUUAAAAUUGAUCAGCUCGUGGCAAAUAACAACAAAUCUAUGACUAUUUCAAGCAACUCAU